AUGACCAGGGUCCGCCAGGCCCAGAGCCGUGAGCUGGCGGUAGAUGAGCUGGCCGCAUAUGUGUUGCGCUCAAUCAACAAAUCAAUAGCCGGCCACGGGCUGGACGGCGUGAUCGGCAUUAAGCUGCGGAACUGGCUGUACUGCAAGUUCGGUGUCGAGCUUCCCUUUCAGCAGCUUCUGGCAAGCAGUUUUACCGUUGAGGGGUUGGCUGAGAUCAUAUAUGAAGAGGUUAAAGGCCAAGGAAGUUGA